AUGGUCGCCGUUGCCUGUAUCUUAUUUUUCCUUAGCACUAUGAGAUGGGUCGUGGAUGUGAAACUCAUCUAUGACGGGUUUAUCGGGUCUGCGGACCCAGCUUUGUUCUUUCAGGACACGAGCAAGCAGACCUGGAAGAAUGCCGUUUACGCAUGUCAGACCUUCCUCGGCGAUGGCGUCCUCAUCUACCGCGCUUACAUCGUCUGGCAAAGCCCCUGGGUCAUCGUGAUUCCAGUGCUGUCCUACCUCGGCAUGGUGGUCGCCGCCAUCCACACGGUCUGGUCCAUCGCCCAACCUACCGUCGAUUCGAGCAAUAUCUUUCUACGUCAAACGGGCCAAUGGGUACUGUCGUUCUAUUCCACCACUCUCGCGACGAACCUCCUGGCAACAAGCCUCAUCGCGUACAGGCUCUGGACAGUGAACGCCUCCGUCCACGGUCUCCGCAAAUCGUCCGGGCCGAUGCCCAUACUUCUAAUCAUCGUAGAGUGCGGCGCGUUGUAUUCGUGCGCGCUCAUCAGCAUGAUCGCCGCGUACACUCUGCACUCCAACAGCGCAUUCCUCAUCAUCGACAUCACCGGUCCCAUCAUUCCGAUCACCUUCUAUCUCAUCAUCAUUCGUGUGACUAUGGCGCGUAUAGCACGAACCCACGUAACUUCUGGAUCUACGAGCACAGGAGCACACGGCCAAUACCCUCUCCGCCCGUGGGAGGUGCGCAUAGGUCGAUUCACCGAGACGUACACCACCACAGACCCCUACCCUUCGGUGUCACUCCCUUCGCAGCAAGACAACAAGGGCACGGAGCCGAUGACUGGCGAGCCAGCUCAGGUCUAG